GCCGCCUAUAGUUCUUUUUCCUCACCAGCCUGGACAGUCUGUCGUGAUCCCUUCCAUCCACUUCCUGUCCUAGCAGAAUGGAUCCCCAAAGCAUGAAGGAAGAUCUCCGUCUAUUUCAGAGCACCUUGCUUCAGGAUGGACUCAAAGAGCUCCUCAAUGAAAAUAAGCUCAUCGAUUGUAUCCUAAAGGUCGGAGACCGAAGCAUCCCCUGCCAUCGGCUCAUCCUGGCAGCUUGCAGUCCUUAUUUCCGGGAGCUGUACUUCUCCACAGACGGCAAGGAAACGGAACAAAUGGAGGUUGUUCUGGAGAACCUGGAUCCCAAUAUUAUGGAGUCGAUUGUAAAUUACAUGUACUCAGCAGAGAUUGACAUCAACGACAACAAUGUGCAGGACAUUUUGACCGCCGCCAACCGCUUCCAGAUCCCCUCAGUGUUCACAGUUUGUGUGAAUUAUCUCCAGAAGAAGCUGUCAAAGCAAAACUGCCUUGCCAUCUACAGGCUGGGACUGAUGCUGAACUGCGCCAGACUGGCAAUGGCAGCUAGAGAUCACAUCGCAGAUCGGUUUGAGAUCUUAUCGAAGGAAGAGGACUUCUUAGAGCUUGCCCCACCCGAACUCUUUGCCAUUAUCGGAGCAGAUAGGUUGAAUGUAGAAAAAGAGGAGGUAGUGUUUGAGACCCUCAUGAGGUGGAUCAGAAAAGACAAAGAGAAGCGUGUGAAAUCAUUAGAGGAGGCCUUUGAGUGCAUUCGCUUCCGUUUACUCCCGGAGAAGUAUUUCAAGGAGAAGGUGGAGAAGGAUGACCUCAUUAAGAGCAAUCCUGAGCUUGUCAAAAAAAUCAAAGUUAUAAAGGAAGCUUUUGCAGGUAAGUUGCCUGAAAAGAAGAAGGGAGAAGAUGACGAGGAAGGAGAGGAGGGAAAGUUGCCAGGCUAUUUGAGCGAUAACUGCAGAUUUGGCAUGUAUACCAGAGACGUGAUUCUGAUGAUCAAUGACACUGCUGCCGUGGCCUAUGACGCCCAGGAGAACGAAUGUUCGCUUGCUGCGAUGACGGAGCAGAUCCCCCGCAACCACGUCAGUCUGGUAUCAAAGAAGAACAACCUGUAUGUGUUGGGAGGAUUGUUUGUGGACGAAGAGGACAAAGAAAACCCACUGCAGUGUUACUUCUACCAGUUGGACAGUCUCUCUUCUGAAUGGAUCGCUCUGCCCCCCAUGCCCUCCCCCAGGUGCUUGUUUGCCAUGGGGGAAUUUGACAACCUACUGUUUGCUGUCGCAGGAAAAGAUUUACAGUCCAACGAUUCUCAUGACACUGUGAUGUGCUAUGACACUGAAAAAAUGAAAUGGUCUCAAGUAAAAAAUUUGCCUGUGAGUAUCCACGGCCACUGUGUGGUGUCUGAGAACGGCCUGGUGUACUGUAUCGGAGGAAAAACAGAUGACAAUAAAGCAACCAAUAAGAUGUUUGCAUACAACCACAAGAGGUCAGAGUGGAAGGAGGUGGCUUCCAUGAAGACACCCAGAUCCAUGUUUGGGGCAGUUAUCCACAAAGGGAUGAUUAUCGUUGCUGGGGGAGUCAAUGAGGACGGCCUCACAGCUUCAUGUGAAGCUUACGACUUUGGAACCAACAAGUGGGCACGCUUCACAGAUUUCCCCCAGGAGAGGAGCUCACUCAACCUGGUGAGCUGUGGAGGGCAGCUGUAUGCUGUAGGAGGCUUCACCAUAGUGGAGAACGAGAACAAAGAAUGUGCUCCCACUGAAAUCAUCGACAUUUGGCAGUAUGAAGAUGACAAGAAACAAUGGAGUGGCAUGAUCAGAGAGAUGCGUUACGCAGCUGGAGCGUCCUGUGUGUCCAUGCGCCUGAAUGUAGCCAGAAUGCCCAAACUGUAGUCCAGGGACAUGAGAGGGACUUUGACUUUACUGCUGUAGGCAAGAAUAUUAUGUAAAUGCUCUAAUGUAGUGGCUCCUUGUUGUCAUGUAGCAUUUUAAUAUAUCAGAAACCUUUGUCUGUUCCGUGAGUAUUUUAAUAAAAUGUAUUAUGGUUUUA